AUGCUCGCCCUGCUCCUGUCGCUGCACACCCUGGGCCGGUCCCUGGCCAUGGCGAGCGCGGAGCGGCUGGCCGUGCCCGAGUGUGUGAGCCGGGCGAGCGGCCGGGCGAGCGGGGGCAGCGCCCGGGAGCACGGCGGGGUCUCCCCCGGGGUGGGCACCGAGGUACGGGAGGCGCUGGAGCGGGUCCUGCCCGUUCUCCGCCGGGCCAUCGCCAACGCCACGAAGGCGACGAGCCCCGAGGAGCUGCGGGCGGCUCUGUCCGAGGUGUUCCGGCUGGUGGAGGAGGGCUGGGGGAUGCCCGCCGUGGGGAGGGACGUGGCCAAGGUGCUGUGCGAUGUGAUCCGCCUCGAGGGGGGCCUGGACCUGCUGCUCAACCUGCUCUACACCGCCGAGCUGGAGACCAAGUGCCAGGCAGGAAAACUGCUGGAGCAGAUCCUGGUGGCGGAAAACAGGGACCGGAUCGCUCGGAUCGGUCUGGGCGUAAUCCUGAACUUAGCCAAGGAGAGGGAUGUCCCCCAGCUGGCUCAGAGCAUCUCUGGGAUCCUGGAGCACAUGUUCAAACACUCAGAGGAGACCUGCUUCCAGCUCAUCUCCGACGGAGGCCUGGACACCAUCCUGUACUGGUGCCGCUGGACGGACCCCGCCGUGCUGCGCCACUGCGCCAUGGCCUUGGCCAACUGUGCCAUGUACGGGGGCCAGGCCAACCAGCGCCUGAUGAUCGAGAAGAAGGCAGCAGAGUGGCUUUUCCCGCUGGUGUUCUCCAAGGAUGACGAGCUGAUCCGGCUGCACGCCUGCCUGGCCAUCACGGUGCUGGCCACCAACAAGGAAAUCGAGAAGGAGGUGGAGCGCUCGGGGACGCUGGCUCUGGUGGAGCCCUUCAUCGCCUCGCUGGACCCCGAGCAGUUUGCCCGUGAGAUGCUGGGCAGCAGUGACAACAUCCAGGGGCGAACAGCUCAGGACCUGCAGCGCCUCGUGCCCCUGCUGGACAGCUCCCGGCUGGAGGCCCAGUGCAUCGCCGCCUUCUACCUCUGCACCGAGGCUGCCAUCAAAGCCAGGCAGAAGAAAACACAGAUUUUCAGUGAGAUCGGGGCUACGCAGAGCCUCAAGAGGAUUGUGUGCUACUCCACCAGCAGCACCACCUCCUCCCUGGCCAAAAAGGUGCUGCGCAUGAUAGGGGAGGAGGUUCCUCGGCGCAUCCUGCCCACGGUUCCCAACUGGAAGUCCUGCGAGGUGCAGACGUGGCUGCAGCAGAUCGGAUUCAACCAAUACUGCCAGAGAUUCCUGGAUCACCAGGUGGAUGGGGACAUUCUCCUGAGGCUGACAGAGCAGGAGCUGCAGAAGGAUUUGGGGAUGGACUCCAGCAUCACUCGGAAAAGGUUUUUCCGGGAGCUGACAGAGCUCAAGACCUUCGCCAACUACUCCACCUGUGACCGCAGCAACCUGGCUGACUGGCUGGGGGGCAUCGACCCCAAAUUCCGGCAGUACACCUACAACCUGCUCACCUGUGGCAUCGACCGCAACUUCCUGCACCGGGUGACAGAGCAGCAGCUGCAGGAGGACUGUCACAUCCACACCGGCUUCCACCGCGUCCGCAUCCUCACCGCGGCCAGGGAAACGCUUCACUCCCCCAUCAUGCUGCAAACCACGUCCAACGGGACCGACGUGUUCAUCAGCUACCGGAGGAGCACCGGCUCGCAGCUGGCCAGCCUGCUGAAGGUCCACCUGCAGCUCCAUGGCUUCAGUGUGUUCAUCGAUGUGGAGAAGCUGGAGGCAGGGAAGUUUGAAGACAAGCUGAUCCAGAGCGUCCUGAGUGCCCGGAAUUUUGUGCUGGUCCUCUCACCAAAUGCACUGGAUAAAUGCAUGGAGGACCCUGAGUGCAAGGACUGGGUACACAAGGAGAUUGUGACAGCCUUGAACUCUGGAAAGAACAUUGUACCUGUUACAGACCAUUUUGAGUGGCCAGACCCAGAAACACUUCCCAAGGACAUGAGGGCUGUGCUGAAAUUUAACGGCAUCAUGUGGUCCCAUGAGUACCAGGAGGCCACGAUUGACAAAAUCAUCCGCUUUCUCCAGGGCCGCUCCUCCCGGGACUCCUCGGCUGGGUCGGAGAAUGGGCUGGACUGUUUGCACUCCCUGGGGCAGAGCUAG